AUGGCCCCGGCCCGCUUAAAGGCGGCGGCGGCCGCGCCGCGGGCAGAGCGAGGAGCGUGAGUCGGCCGCCGCCGGCGCGCAGGCGGUGCGAAGAUGCCCCGGGGCUUCCUGGUGAAGCGCAGCCGGCGGCCCACCCCCGUGUCGUACCGGGCGCGCUGCUGCCGCGAGGCCGCCGCCGGGCCACCGCUCCCCGCCGGCGCCGCACCCCCGCCGCCCGCCUGUCCCGCCGCCCCGCCGCCGCGGGACUCGCCGCCGCCGGUGCCGUUCGGGACGCCCGAUGCCGCCGUGCAAGCGCUGUACAGCCCCACGCGGCCCGUCAGCAGGGACAAGUACCUGGAGCGGGGAUUCAGCCUGGGCUCGCCCGUCUCGGCCGAGUCCUUUCCCGCCCCGGCCGUGCCCGCCACCAUGGACCCGCUCGUCUUUGCCCCGGCCGAGCUCAAGCUCUGGGCAGCCGCCAGCCACUCCGAGCCGCCCGCCGGCCACGCCGCCGGAGGUACCGGCUCCGCUCCCGGCGCGGCCGCCGCCGCGCCGCCCGCGCAACCCGCCUCGGUCCGCCCGCCGCCCGCCAAGCGCCCGCCGGGCGCCGCGGAGCCCGGCCGGCAGAAGACCCCGUCGGGCAAGAAAGCGAAGGCCAUCCGCAAGCUGACCUUCGAGGACGAGGUGACCACGUCGCCCGUGCUGGGGCUGCGCAUCAAGGAGGGCCCGGUGGAGGCGCCGGCCAAGGCGCGGGGCGGCUGCGCCCGGCCGCUCGGCGAGUUCAUCUGCCAGCUCUGCAAGGAGGAGUACGGGGACCCCUUCGCGCUGGCGCAGCACCGCUGCUCCCGCAUCGUCCGGGUGGAGUACCGCUGCCCCGAGUGCGACAAGGUCUUCUCCUGCCCCGCCAACCUCGCCUCCCACCGCCGCUGGCACAAGCCGCGCCCGCCCGCCGCCAAAGGCGGCCCCGAGGCGGGCCGGGCGCCGGCGGAGGAGCCGCCGAAGGAGGCGGCCGGCGGCAGCGGCAGCGAGCGGGACACGCCGAGCCCCGGCGGCGCCUCGGAGGCGGGCUCCGAGGAGGGGCUUUUCGAAUGCCCGCGCUGCGCCAAGCGGUUCCGCCGGCAGGCCUACCUGCGCAAGCACCUGCUGGGGCACCCGGCACCGGCCCCCGCCGCCGCCCCGGAGCCCGCUGCCGACGAGCCGCCCGCGCCGCCGCCCGCCGAGUGCCGCCUCUGCCCCGUCUGUGGGGAGACCUUCCCCAGUAAGAGCAGCCAGGAGCGGCACCUCCGCCUCCUGCACGCCGCACAGGUCUUCCCCUGCAAGUACUGCCCGGCAACCUUCUACAGCUCGCCCGGCCUCACCCGGCACAUCAACAAGUGCCACCCCUCCGAGAACAGGCAGGUCAUCCUGCUCCAGGUGCCGCUGCGCCCCGCCUGCUAGAGCCGCCCGUGCCUUCCCGGGGCCGCUGCCGCUGCCCGCCGGGG